CAGUCAGAAGAGAACGUUGAACGAAAAAGCAUGAAAAGGCAUAUGUGGACACAUAUCGGUGAGAAGCCGUAUGGCUAUCCCACAUGCAACAGAAACUUCUCUCAUUUAUCGAUUAUAAAAAACCAUAUGAGGACUCAUACCAGUGAAAAGCCGUACAGUUGUCCAAUGUGCAAUAAAAGUUUCAGACAAAGACGUCAUUUGCAAUGUCCACGGUAUUUCAUGAUGACAGGAAUAGGCCAAUCUUCAACUGUAAUAUAUCCGCUAAAGGUUUCUUGGAUAAUCGCUGUUUCAAAUCACAGAGGAAGAAUCAUGAAAGAAGCUGAAAGGCCUGUGUAA